CGCGUCCCGGCCGGACCCACUUCCGGGAGGCAGCGCGGCUGCUCAGGACGGGGGCUGAGAGGGACUCUGCUGGUGCUGCGGUUUCCUCCCGGAACGCCUCGGCGAAGGGACUUUCCGGUGUCCUUCCCGGCUAGGCGCGCGGAGCGGCGCGGCCAUGGCGCAAAACCUGAAGGACCUGGCGGGGCGGCUGCCGGCGGGGCCCCGUGGUGUCGGUACGGCCCUCAAACUGCUCCUGGGCGCUGGCGCACUGGCGUAUGGUGUCCGCGAGUCCGUCUUCAUCGUGGAAGGCGGCCAGCGGGCCAUUUUCUUCAACCGUAUCGGCGGUGUCCAGCAAGACACCAUCCUCGCCGAGGGGCUCCACUUCAGGAUCCCCUGGUUUCAGUACCCCAUCAUCUACGACAUCCGGGCCCGGCCACGCAAAAUCUCCUCUCCCACCGGUUCCAAAGACUUGCAGAUGGUGAACAUCUCGCUGCGUGUUCUCACACGCCCCAACGCUGCAGAGCUGCCCAGCAUGUAUCAGCGCCUGGGCCUGGACUACGAGGAGCGAGUGCUGCCUUCCAUUGUUAACGAAGUGCUCAAGAGUGUGGUUGCCAAGUUCAAUGCUUCACAGCUUAUCACUCAGAGAGCCCAGGUGUCCCUACUCAUUCGACGAGAACUGACAGAGAGAGCCAAGGAUUUCAGCCUCAUCCUGGAUGAUGUGGCUAUCACAGAGCUGAGCUUCAGUCGUGAAUACACAGCAGCUGUGGAGGCUAAGCAAGUGGCCCAACAGGAGGCACAGCGCGCACAGUUCCUGGUGGAGAAGGCCAAGCAGGAGCAGAAGCAGAAGAUUGUUCAGGCUGAAGGGGAAGCUACAGCUGCCAAGAUGCUUGGUGAAGCUCUGAGCAGGAAUCCAGGCUACAUCAAGCUACGUAAAAUCCGAGCUGCUCAGAACAUUUCAAAAACAAUUGCUGCCUCACAAAACCGUGUGUAUCUCACAGCAGAUAACUUGGUGCUGAACCUGCAAGAUGAGGGCUUUACCAGGUAAGGGGGCUGGAGGGCUGUUGUGGGUGGAUUUACAUGCACCUUACCUGUGAAGCUGGUUCCCUUUCUGGAGCUCUCUCAGGAACUUCAGGAUCUUCCCUCUGAGAAGACCUUGAUGCCAGAGGAUAGAGCCAAGUAGGGAGCAGCCUUGCUUACUGCGGAAGCUAAGAGCAUAUUAAAUCUAAUUGCUUUACUCUUUUCUUUUUUUUUUUUUUUUUUUUUCCCCUCUUCUCCUCCUUCCCCUUAAUGCAUCUCCUGGCACACAGAGGAAGGUAAGGCACUGAUCUUUAUAUUAAAUCUUUUGUGAGUACUUGGAAAGAGGGUGUGCAUGUUUGUCUGAAGUCUGGGAUGUUGUUGCCUUGGACCUUUCUGGCCAUAGGGAGUUCAUUCCAUUUCUAUCUCAGCCCCCAUUUGUGAUGUGAAACUUGCAUUCCUUCGUUGCAGGGGCCACACAAAUGUUCAGCAGAUGUUCAGGAAUUGGAGCUGUAUGUGUUCCAUGAAGAACCUUGUAUAGAGAAGGCAGGAGUAGUGAAUUCAGGAGUGUCCUUUGGUUCAUUCUGCAUGUAGAGUAACCAAACAGGGCUGCAAACAGGCAGUUAGUUGAGUGUAGGAAACAUUCUCUUCUCCUUGUAAUCAUGAAUUCUCCAAAAGCUUUCCAGUCCAUGCCAGCAUUCCCUGCUCUCAGAGCUAGAAGUAGUUUGGCUUCUGCCUAAUCUGUCUGGUGUUACUGGACAAAGCAGCCAAGUUUAAUAGCAUGCAGCUAAAAGUUUAAAAUAAAGAGAGGAAGCCAGAGAUAGUUUCUUUUCCAUGGGGUCUCUGCCUGUUUGGUCAUGCCUUAUCUUAUUCAUCCCAGCAGGCUUAAGGGGCUUUGAAAUAGGAAUUUAUUUGCCAGGGUUGAAGCCUAAAGCCUUUCGAUGUGGCUCCCAGUCCUGCAGUAAGGGUCUGGCUUAGUUUUGCCUGUGCUUUUUGGACUAAUGACGCAUUUCUGUCUCCCUUUCAGUGACAGUCUCCUACUCAAACAAGGGAAGAAAUGAAAGAACUAAAGCUUCCCAGAACCACUGGCACUGACCAGCAGAAGAUGCCUCUGAGGAGCUUUGAAUUCCCUCCACUAGCAUCAUUUGCCCUCAUUUUGGAAUUCUUAAUCUAGUAGCUGGGUUUGGUUCUCCUCCCCCAGCUCCAUCUGUGGUGACCUAGCUAUGGGAUUGGGUUUACCACUAGGCAGUUAUAAUCCCUUCCUUACCCCACCAGUUAAAUUUACUUACUGGUGUGAGCCCAUGUGGAUCUAGUAAUUCACCUCUAAAUUUCACCAAUGUCUGGAUUUCUAUACAGUAGACUCAGACCUUCUUCCCCCCCUGCCCCCGGCCAGUCAGUGAGUUUUGCUGCCAUCAGCACCAGGCUUUUUUCUAAUAAAUCUUGUUUCUCUUUCCCUCCUGAUUCCAAGAGAACCUGAGGCUAAACUCAGUAAAAUGUAAUUCAUCGGGCACCUGUAACUGCUGGAAUACCUGUUUGUGUUACUGUCUGCUCAGUGAUUGUUUCAAACAUUUGUAAAAAUUAAAACAAAAAAAAUUA